GGCGACGGAUCAUCGUCUCCAAGUUCUCUCCGAUCUGAACUUCGUUCAUCCCACCCGUUACUCCGGCCUACAGAGACACGGCGGACGAUGGCGGGGCUGCUGGCGUGGGCGGCGGACGUCGUCGGCGGCGGAUCCAGCGACGGAGAAGACGAGCGGGACUCGGUCCCCGUCCUCUUCACCGAAGAGCAACGGCGGUACGUGCGCGAGCUGGAUCAGAAGGCGGCCGCCCUCGGCCGCGCGAUCCAAGAUCUGCGGGGGAGGAUCCCCCCGCAGGACAUCGCCCAGCGCCUCCCGCACCUCCACGCUCACUCGCUCGCCUCCAACGCCGCGCUCGCGCUCCAGCUGAACUCUCACUCCGCCACGCGCGAACAAACCCAAAUGAGGGAAGUGACGCUGCAAGAAGAAAAUGCUGCCUACGAAAAGGCUAUCUCGAACUGUGAGAACAAAGUCAAAGAGAAAUUGCAGGAAGCUGAUGCACUUCAAAGGAAAUUAGUGGAAAUGGAUGAGAAUGAAAGGAAUUUGAAGGAUGAACUGGAAAAUGCUCAAACAGCAAUUGAAGUUGACGAAUCUGAUCAUUGUUCAGAGAUAGAGGUUGAAUCUAAAUCCCAACAGGAUAUUCAACCUGGGUCGGAUGCGGAAACUUCUAAGUCUACUGUGCUAGAGAAAUUGGAGAACAAGAAGAAAGAGUUGAGUGCACUGGAGGAGAAAGUUAAAAAUGUAGAGAAGAGAUGGGCACUGAUUCAGGAAAAUGCACUCAAACAGCCUUCACCAGCUCAGAGAGAGAAGAUAUUGGACAAACAGCUGCACAGUUUGCUGGAGCAACUGGCAGCAAAGCAGGCCCAAGCAGAAGCCUUGGUCAGUGAAGUUCAUCAGAAAGAAAAGGAACUAGAGAGGUUGAAUGGGCUGUGGAAGACGCUGGAGAGUAAUUCUUCGGAGGUAAAUGCUACGAGAAACCGGUUUGGAAGAAGCAUGUUUGACAGAGGGUCUGCUUCUUCAGAUUACAUGGUUGACGUGCAACACAAACCCCUCUUUACCACUGGUCGAUGGGACAGCCUGCAGAGACCUGCUCUGCUUAGGUCGGGUUUCGUGCUUUAUAUUUUAGCUUUGCAGAUCCUAGUCUUCCUCAAGAUUUCUUUUUAAGAGAGUUUUCUGGUGUCCUGCCGAAUCAGGUCUAUGUAUACCCUUGUGGAUGCUCUUUGUAUGCUUUAUUCUUGUAUAUAAUAUGAAAUUUUCCUUACAAUGUUAUUUUAUUCUUCUUCA